AGAAGCCUUACCUACCCCCAAGUUGACACACCGCCCUGACCCGGAAAUCUUAGGGGUCUUGAAGUUCACCGUACUAUUUUUCUACAAGCGUCUAACACUUGGAAUUCUACGGAGACGGAGUCUGGUCGCGUUGUUCUGGAUCUGUGGAUUAUCGUACAUUGUCCUAUGUCUCACCGUGACACUCAGCUGUCAACCGUACGUUCCCCGUGACAAACGCGAUCGCCGUCCUAACACUGUGAACAGCUACUCCGACAACUGGCGAAUUCGGCCUCUACCAGGCCCAGAAUGCACCUUCCGACCGCAAAACUUUUGGAUGCUAUUGUGGCUCAACGUCUUGACAGACGCGGCUCUCCUCUCCAUCCCCGUUCCGAUUCUCUGGCACCUCCGCGUGUCCUUUAAGCGCAAAAUCGGCGUCGGCAUCCUGCUUUCAUCCGGCGUAUUUGUCAUUUCGACGGCAAUCGUUCGAGCGGUCACGACUUUGGGCGGUGCGCCGUCCGUCAUCAAUAUCAACCGCUGGGGGUUCCGCGAGACCGCCGUCGGCCUCAUCACCGUCACCCUGCCGGUCCUCAGCCCGCUGUUCACGAGAGCGUUCUGGCGCCGCGGCCCGUAUAUUCGAGACUACUACGAUCGGCUCCGCGGUCCGAGAACGCCUCCCAAUAACGCCAGGUUUGGUAAUUGGCUGGGGACGAUGGUUCUUAAGUACAUUGAUGAGGAAGAGGGAGAUGUGCUACGUAGCCCAAGCGCGGCGAAGCGGUUGGAAGAGGCAGGAUACCGACGGGAAUAUGCCGAGCGGGCGGGCUCCUACAACACAGGUAGCGGAGAAAGCUACGAGCUGGAAACGAAGAGCGGUGAUACGAGUACGAAAAGCUUGAAAGGCAUUGAGACGGUAUGACGUUUUCAAAGCAAAGGGGGGUUUGAUGAGAACUUGGCGCUGGAGCAUCGAGGCAUACCCCAUCAUGAUUGACUUUAUAUACACUGAUACCCAAAAGGAGCAAUAGGACGGGUUCAAGACUGGAAAGUGUGUAGGCCAGGAAAAGCUGCUGUGCUUAUGUAAGAAUAUUGUCGCCUAUGGCGAACUGACUGUCAAAUGAAAGUAUCUCUGAAGAAACUUGCAGAAAUUGACUGUUCCAAGUAAGACCAUG